CCCUUACGUCAUCUUGGUGCGACCCGCCAGGUAGUUCUGCCCUCGCCGUGUCUUGGCGGCUCCCUGUAGGGUCCGCGUGAUCUUCCGCAAGUGAGGCUCAGUAGUCCGGGUACCGGCUGGCCGAAUCCGAGAAUUCUCCUUGGGCACAAAGUGUCCCGGCGGACCCGAGGGGCCUAUCGGAGACAAAAAGCAGAGUCACUUAAUUAUUCCUAACAUCAAUUUCAAACUAUUUAUUCUUGGAUAACAGUCCAAUUAUAUGAAAUUAUGGCUGGUUAUAAGCCUGUAGCUAUUCAGACAUAUCCUGUACUUGGUGAAAAAAUCACCCAAGACACACUAUACUGGAACAACUAUAAGACCCCUGUUCAGAUCAAGGAGUUUGGUGCAGUGUCAAAAGUUGACUUUUCUCCGCAGCCUCCAUAUAAUUAUGCUGUCACAGCUUCCUCAAGGAUUCACAUUUAUGGCCGAUACUCUCAAGAACCUAUAAAAACCUUUUCCCGAUUUAAAGACACGGCAUACUGUGCUACUUUUCGUCAGGAUGGCAGACUGCUUGUGGCCGGCAGUGAAGAUGGUGGAGUUCAGCUUUUUGAUAUAACUGGGAGAGCUCCCCUCAGACAGUUUGAAGGCCAUACUAAAGCAGUUCAUACGGUCGAUUUUACAGCUGACAAAUAUCAUGUGGUCUCUGGGGCUGAUGAUUAUACGGUUAAAUUGUGGGAUAUUCCAAACUCCAAAGAAAUUCUGACAUUCAGAGAACAUUCUGAUUAUGUGAGGUGUGGUUGUGCUAGCAAACUGAACCCGGAUCUCUUUGUUACAGGGUCAUAUGAUCAUACCCUGAAGAUGUUUGAUGCACGAACAAACAAGAGCGUGAUAUCUGUGGAGCAUGGGCAGCCAGUGGAGAGUGUCCUGCUUUUUCCCUCCGGAGGUCUUCUGGUAUCAGCAGGAGGUCGUUAUGUUAAAAUCUGGGACAUACUGAAAGGAGGACAGUUGCUAGUGUCUUUGAAAAAUCAUCAUAAAACUGUGACAUGUUUAUAUCUGAGCAGCUCUGGACAGAGGUUACUUUCUGGCUCACUGGAUAGGAAGGUAAAAAUAUAUAGCACGACUUCCUAUAAAGUUGUCCACAGUUUUGAUUAUGCAGCUUCAAUUUUGAGUCUUGCACUUGCACAUGACGAUGAGACAAUAGUUGUAGGAAUGACCAAUGGAAUACUAAGUGUUAAACAUCGGAAAUCUGAAGCAAAGAAGGAUUCUCUUCCUAGGAGAAGAAGGCCUGCAUAUCGAACUUUUAUUAAAGGAAAAAAUUACAUGAGGCAACGGGAUGACAUUUUGAUCAACAGGCCCUCAAAGAAACACCUAGAAUUGUAUGACAGGGAUCUGAAAAAUUUCCGGGUCUCUAAGGCACUGGACAGAGUCCUUGAGCCCACUUGUACAAUAAAGACACCUGAGAUUACAGUUUCCAUCAUAAAGGAGCUAAAUCGAAGAGGAGUCCUUGCAAAUGCCCUUGCAGGUCGGGAUGAAAAGGAAAUCAGUCGUGUUCUUAAUUUUUUGAUACGGAAUCUUUCUCAGCCAAGAUUUGCCCCUGUUUUGAUCAAUGCUGCUGAAAUAAUUAUUGAUAUAUAUCUUCCUGUGAUUGGUCAGUCACCUGUAGUUGAUAAAAAGUUUUUAUUACUUCAAGGACUUGUAGAAAAAGAGAUUGAUUACCAAAGAGAACUACUAGAAACCUUGGGGAUGAUGGAUAUGCUCUUUGCUACUAUGACCAGGAAAGAAAGCACUUCUGUGUUGCAGCAUGCAUCUGACGGAUUUCUAGAGAACAAGAAGGUGGAGUCAUAGUGUCUGCUUCAAGAGACCUGUGCGAGCUCCUCACCUGAAGUCAGUUCUUGAUACAUUAAAAAGAACCCCCAAAACUAUUCACAGAAGGAGUUUUAUGGAAGAGACUGGAACUGCAAUUGGAAAAUAAGUACCUGUUCUAAGACAUGGUUUUCCAUGUAAUACUUGGAAGUAUUCCAUGGCAUCUUCUGCUGGAAGAUCUCCAUUAUCUCAGUCAUAGUAUAUUGUCCACCUUGGACAAAUUGAUACUAAUUUUAAUGCAGCAAAUUUGUGUAUGAACAUCUGGGCAGAAUCCGGAGUGGGCUUCACCUGGAAUCCUGCUAAAGGAACAGUGCUUUAUUUUGUACUUCUGUCCUGGGAAAGCAGCAACAACAACAAUACAACAAAUGGCAACAACAAAUAAAUCCUUUCUUCACUCUCAUCGGUGCCCUUGGGAUUUUCAGGCCUGGCUCCCUCUCCUUGACAUCAUCCUCAUUUAUCAUAGGUCCCACGUUCUGCUUCCGCUGUCAACAGACUGCCUGUGCUCCAGGGGGGACACAUCAGUGGCCAGCUCCGAACGGUUUAACUCUGAACUAGUUCGGUAUGUAUUCAGAGGGUGUGAGGAGGCAGCUUUGAUACCUAACAGUUGUAUUCUCCAUUCCACAUAGUCUUUUUAUUCCUUGAAUCAUGACCAUCCUUAUCAAAAUAAUAUCUACAGAUCUUAUUGGACCACGUUUUCUUCCUUCUCGAUAUGUAGCUUUUCUAUGCAGUUUUCAGCUUGCCUCUGGUCACAUGAGUGAUAAAAUUUGUCAUUUUUCUUGUAAUAAUCGCCUUUCAACCUGUUAUAUGUUUGGAGCUUAUCUUGUAGCUCCUUACCCUUCUGAAAACCAUUUUCUCUGAUCUGUAUUUAUAUUUUCCCCCCUUCAGUUUCCAUAGUUAUCUUGUGCUUUAGAACCCAAGCUAGAUUAGCUUACUUUUGAAAAUAGUUGUUUUUUUUUAAAGUUCAAUGUAAGUCACAUUUUUUUUUUUAUAAAGAUAUUCUUAUUUUCUUCUUGUAUUUCUGAGAUGUAUCAAUUCCUGAUGGAUACUCCCUGGCUAGUGAAUGCUGGCACACACAUUUUACACUCGCUGCCUCUCCCGCCCUCUGAUUCCUGUUCCACCUCACGUGUUAAUUAUCUGUAAGGGAACAUGUCUUAGGUUAGAAGAACGUUUAGUUAAAGGAAGAUUCUGUAAUGGGAAUCUCCUCUUAAAAUUUAGUUCUGUGAAUUCAGAUUUUUUUUUUAAAGCAGAAAAAGUUUCUGUGGUCUGGUAAGGGCAUGUACUCAAAAGUCGGAUCAGUUUCCCUUUUAUGAACUGAUUUAUGCAAUUAUACAGCACACUGGCUUAUGAGAAACCAGGAGUUUGCUUCCUCGAAUAACUAUGAGAUUGGAUGAGGUCAGAAACUGUCUUCAUGUUCAAAGCGUUAGUUUAUUUAAGUGAAUGUAUGUAAAAGCUUUUAAAAAUA